AUGGAUGCUUCGGGUCGGAAUGUGUUUAGGAUGUUGAUCAGGGUGUUGACAGAAAGGAUGUUCAAACAUCUUCGGAAAUGGUUUGUCACUCGCUUUUGGGGACAUUCUCGGCGAAGAGCAAGGCUAGUCUCUAAAGAUGGAAGGUGCAACAUAGAAUUUGGCAAUGUGGAGACACAGUCGAGGUUUGUAUUCUUUGUGGACAUCUGGACAACUGUGCUUGACCUCAAGUGGAGAUACAAAAUGACCAUUUUCAUCACAGCCUUCUUGGGGAGCUGGUUCCUCUUUGGUCUCCUGUGGUACGUGGUAGCCUAUAUUCAUGAAGACCUCCCAGAAUUCCAUCCUUCUGCUAAUCACACCCCCUGUGUGGAGAACGUUAAUGGCUUGACCUCGGCUUUUCUGUUUUCUCUGGAAACUCAAGUGACCAUUGGAUAUGGAUUCAGGUGUGUGACGGAGCAAUGCGCCACUGCCAUUUUUCUGCUUAUCUGCCAGUCUAUACUUGGAGUUAUCAUCAAUUCUUUCAUGUGUGGUGCCAUCUUAGCUAAGAUCUCCAGACCCAAAAAACGUGCCAAGACCAUCACGUUCAGCAAGAAUGCAGUGAUCAGCAAGCGGGGUGGGAAGCUCUGCCUCCUAAUCCGAGUGGCGAAUCUCAGGAAGAGCCUCCUUAUUGGCAGUCACAUAUAUGGAAAACUUCUGAGGACCAUAGUCACUCCUGAAGGAGAGACCAUUAUUUUGGACCAGAUCAAUAUCAAUUUUGUAGUGGAUGCUGGGAACGAAAACUUAUUCUUCAUCUCCCCACUGACAAUUUACCAUGUGAUUGAUCACAACAGCCCCUUCUUCCACAUGGCAGCAGAAACUCUUUCCCAGCAGGACUUUGAAUUAGUGGUGUUUUUAGAUGGCACAGUGGAGUCAACCAGUGCCACUUGCCAAGUCCGGACAUCCUAUGUCCCAGAGGAGGUGCUUUGGGGCUACCGUUUUGCUCCCAUAGUAUCCAAGACCAAGGAAGGGAAAUACCGAGUGGAUUUCCAUAACUUUAGCAAGACGGUAGAAGUAGAGACCCCCCACUGUGCCAUGUGCCUUUAUAAUGAGAAAGAUGCUAGAGUCAGGAUGAAGAGAGGCUAUGACAACCCCAACUUCAUCUUGUCAGAAGUCAGCGAAACAGACGACACCAAAAUGUAG